AUGUCGUCGCCCUCACAACGCCGGCAACGCAGUUCCCAGUCUGCCACGCCGCGUCGGUCGACUCGCCUGUCCGAAGCCAACACCCCCAGCAAUCCGCCUUCACAGCUGGCGUCGAGCCCAAUCUUCUUCCAGUCCUCGUCUCCUGGCCCCGAAGCUGGUCGGGCGCAUGGAUCGAGUGAGGAUGUCUCGUCUCCUCUGAGGCAGAUGUCGGGUAGUCAGAGCACGCAAGCACAUGCCGCUCCUCCUAGUUCUCCGUUGCGGCAAAUGUCCGAGUCGCAGACGCCUCGACACGAUGCCGAGCGGACACCGAGAGCAAGUGGUACAUUUGCCGGGGAGUCCUCGCCAAUCCGAUACGAACCGAGUUCCAGUCCUGGACGAUCACUUGGUCAACGAUCAGAGCUGCGCAGUGAGAGUAGUGGUUUGUUUGUUGGCUCGGAGCGAGGUAGCUCUACCGCCUACAGACGUGGAGAUAUCAACUCAGAUGCCUUACGGACGCCUCGUGCUCCACGGCGUAUUGUCCUCGACGAUACUGGUCGCGUGGUGCAGGAGGGCCAAACCCCAGGCUCAGACGCUGCGUCCUUCACCAACCGGGACCCAAAUACGUCCGAAGCCGAUGUUCUUGGAGGCCGAGGCCAAAGCCUCAUCUGGGGCACAACUGUAUCCAUUGAUGACACCUUUGCGGCGUUCAAAGACUUCCUACGUCACUUCACCCAAAAGUACAGAUUAUACCGGGAUGGGUUCUCAGAUGCCGAAGUGCAGGCCAUCCCCGACGCCGAGUCGAAGCCUUAUCUGGAAGCCAUGGGAAACAUGCUACUUCUUGGCACUACAAGACUCUAUCUCGACAUUUCCGACCUGAAUCUGUUCCCCCCAACUCGCAAGCUGUGGUACCAAAUCCAGGCCUAUCCUCAGGAAAUUGUCCCAAUCAUGGAUCAGUCCGUCCAUGACUUGAUGGUCGAACUUGCACGGGCUGAUUCCCUCAAAAGCCGACCAUCCCAGAGCAGUGCUGGCCAACAGGACACCCAGAAUAGUGCCCAGAGCUCUGAACCCGUCUUCCCUAGCUCUGACAGACCCGACGAGCCUGCUACCCCCCGUCCCCAACAAGACCAGCCGUCUUUGGAGGACCAGGUGUCCGCCAACUUGUAUGUUGUUCGGCCCUUUGGCCUCGACAAGACGAUCAACUUGAGAGAUUUGAACCCAUCCGACAUGGACCGCCUCAUCUCCAUAAAGGGUCUGGUCAUUCGGACGACACCCGUCAUCCCGGACAUGAAGGACGCUUUUUUUCGCUGUAAUGUUUGUAACCACUCGGUCAACGUCAGCCUCGACCGAGGCAAGAUUCGAGAGCCAACCGAGUGCCCUCGCCGGAUGUGCGCCUCCAAGAACUCUAUGCAGAUCGUUCACAACAGAUGUUCAUUUGAGGACAAACAAGUCAUCAAAUUGCAAGAAACUCCCGACGCCGUGCCCGCCGGUCAAACUCCCCACUCCGUUUCGGUCUGCGUGUAUAACGAACUCGUGGAUUUCUGCAAAGCUGGUGAUCGAGUCCAGUUGACGGGCAUAUUCCGAGUCAGCCCUGUUAGAGUCAACCCGCGUCAGCGCGCCGUCAAGAGCGUAUACAAGACCUACGUUGAUGUUCUUCACGUCCAGAAAGUUGAUAAGAAACGCAUGGAGGCCGAUCCCACAACGCUUGGUGUCGAAGGCGAAGAGGACGCAGACAACGGUGGGAACGGUCUUGAACAAACGCGCGUCAUCACACCCGAAGAAGAAGCCAAGAUUCGAGAAACCGCCGCUCGUGAGGACAUCUACGAGCUUCUGGCCCGGUCUCUAGCGCCUUCAAUCUACGAGAUGGACGACGUCAAGAAAGGCAUCCUCCUCCAGCUCUUUGGCGGCACAAACAAGACGUUUCACAAGGGAGGCAGCCCCAAGUACAGAGGUGACAUCAACGUACUUCUUUGCGGUGACCCUUCCACUUCCAAGUCCCAGAUGCUCUCCUACGUCCACAAGAUUGCUCCCCGUGGCGUCUACACCAGCGGCAAGGGCUCCUCAGCCGUCGGUCUCACGGCCUACGUCACGCGCGACCCCGAAACCAAGCAGCUCGUGCUCGAGUCUGGUGCGUUGGUGCUGUCAGACGGCGGUGUAUGCUGCAUCGACGAGUUCGACAAGAUGUCCGACGCGACGCGUUCCGUCCUCCACGAAGUCAUGGAGCAGCAGACCGUGUCCGUCGCCAAGGCAGGCAUCAUCACCACCCUCAACGCCCGGACCAGCAUCCUCGCUUCUGCCAACCCCAUCGGCAGCCGCUACAAUCCCGACCUCUCCGUGCCCCAGAACAUCGACCUGCCCCCAACCCUGCUCUCCCGUUUUGAUCUUGUCUACCUGAUCCUCGACCGCGUCGACGAGAAGACGGACAAGCGUCUCGCCAAGCACCUGCUCUCCCUCUACCUAGAAGACAAGCCUCACUCUGCCCCCACAGACAACGACAUCCUCCCGGUCGAGUUUCUUACGCUCUACAUCUCCUACGCCCGCUCCCGGAUCCAGCCCACCAUCUCCCGCGAAGCCGGCGAGGAGCUCGUCGACGCAUACAUUGCGAUGCGCGCCCUCGGCCAGGACGUCCGUGCCGCGGAGAAGCGCAUCACCGCCACGACGCGUCAGCUCGAAAGUAUGAUACGUCUCUCUGAGGCUCACGCAAAGAUGAGGCUGUCGGGCACCGUCACAAAGGAGGAUGUUCGCGAGGCCAAUCGCCUCAUUCAGAGCGCCCUCAAGACGGCUGCCACUGACUCCCAGGGCCGCAUCGACAUGUCCCUGUUGACCGAGGGCACGAGCGCCGCAGACCGCAAGCGUCGUGGGGAACUGAGAGACGCCAUCUUGAAACUGCUGGACGACAUGACGGCUGGAGGGAACAGCGUCCGAUGGGGCGACGUUUCAAAGCGCUUGGCCGACGGCGCUAGUAUGCCCGUGGAAACGGCCGAGUUUAACGAGGUCAUGAGGGCUUUGGAGACGGAGAAUCUCAUCCUGAUCAAUGGCGAGGGAGCCCGGAGGACGGUCCGACGAGUGACGGCUGUCGUGUAA